AAAGAUUAUACACACACUCCCACUGUAUACAAUAGUAAAUUUCUUCAUUCCUUGUUUUAUUUAUUCAUAAAUCAUAGUACUUAUAUGUAAAUCCCAUUUCUUCUUCUUCUUCUUCUUUUGUUCUUCUUCUUCUCUCAGCCUCCUCCAGUGUUUGUCUCUCUCUAUUACAUGCCUUCUUUCCAAGAAUGAGAAGGCAUUGUUACUUAUUGUUGAAUGUUUGAUGAUGAUGAUGAUGAUGAUGAACCCACUAUUUUAGAACAACACCCAGAAAAGUAAUUCCAGUCUUUGUUACCAUUAACAUCAUCUUCUAGUUCUUCCAGUAUUAUAAUCUUUUUGCUGGUUAUGAUGACAAGAUAUGAAAGAGUACGCACAGAUUGCCUUCCACUAAGCAAUGGCAAAAAAUCCAACAAUGAAAAUGGAAGAUCGAUAAUCUCAAAUGGAUUGAUGAAUACCACAACAACUAGUAGUACAACUACUAGUACCAGUACUAGUUUUGAGAGCAAAGGUUUCACUUUCAAAUCCUCAUCGUCCAGAUCCCAAGAUCAUCACCACCACCACCACCAAAAUGCUUCCAGUCCUUCACACUCUGAUGCUAGUCCUAAUCCUAGUCCCAGUCCCAAUAAAGAUUUGUUCUUGCAAUGGGGACAAAAGAAGAGGGCAAGGGUCUCAAGAUCAGAGAUUCGUGCUCUUGCUGAUGAGUCAUCCUCCUCUGCUCAAGCCAAGCAACCCAUCAACAAGCUCCCCAGAAGAGCAGAUAGUAAGUUCUCCACGCCUUCAAUGCCGCCGCCGCCGCCUCCACCACCACCCUCACAACAGCAUAGUGCUAAUAAUAACAAUUCUAGUAGUAUUAGUAAAGGUCGAAACUUUAGAAGUUCGCUUCCUCAUAGGAUUUUAGAAAAGCGAUCUGGUGCUGGAAAUGUGUCCCCAUCAAGAAAUAGUGGUGGUAGUAGCAGGGUUGUAUCUAGAUCUACUGCAGGAAAGAGAUCUCCUCCUACACCAGAAAAAAUUGACAAGAAGAUACCUAACUGUAGACCAGCAAAAUAUGAGAAGCCAAAUGGAUCCAUGCCACAAGCUGACCACAUGAACCAUACUGAUACUACACCAGCGCAAUCAGAACAAGAAGCUAGCUUUAAUAAUAUUACUCCCUCAAUACCUGCUGCUGGAGGAGAAAAGUUGAUUGCUGAAGUGAUUGAGUGGCCAAGAAUUCUUAUUGCUUUGUCAAGAAAGGAGAAAGAAGAUGAUUUCUUUGCAAUGAAAGGCACAAAACUGCCUCAAAGACCCAAGAAAAGGGCCAAGAACAUUGACAAAACACUUCAGUAUUGUUUUCCAGGGAUGUGGCUAUCUGACUUGACAAAGAGUAGGUAUGAGGUUAGAGAGAAGAAAAGUGUGAAGAAGCAGCAAAAGAGAAGGGGAUUGAAGGGAAUGGAAAGCAUAGAGAGUGAUUCAGAGUAGUGGUGGAAAGAUAGCAAAUGGCAAUGUCAACUUUUUGGUUUCUAAAAUUUUUGACAAAGAAAAACAGAAAGCCCUCUCCUGAUGAAUCAUCCUACCUCCUGUUGCUGCUGCUGCUGCUGCUAGUAAAAUGCAUAUGAUGAUGGGCUAGGGGUCUCCAUCAUGAAACUUUCUUUUUCUGGCCUGCUACUGUUGGAUGGGAUCAAGAGUACUAUCAAGUUUUGGAAUGGUUCAAAGGUGUCAUGGUCCAGUAGAGACAUGGACACACAGGCAAGCCCUGGCAUGGCAACAGAUGAUGUUUCCACUGAGUGUCAAAAUAUUGGCUGGCCCAGGUCAGCCAGCCAACUCUUUUUUCUUUUUCUUUUUUUUCUAAAGGGGCAGGCCACUUUUCUUUUGUUUUUGGUGUUCAAUAUUUUUUUGUUUCCCCAAUAUGAUAGAUAGGCCCUUCUCAUGUAUAAAGCUGCUAUUGCAGUUUCCUUUGCCUUCAUAGCCAAUUGCCAAAGCUUAUUAUUAUUAUUA